AUGAUGGAUUCUGGCUUUUUCGAUUUUGAUUCGGCUCUAAAUAUGGAUUCUUUUUCUCUGUCUGCUAACCUAUUAGAUGAUUAUCAAGUGGUUCCCCAGCAGCAGCAGCAGCAGCAGCAGCAGCAGCAGCAGCAGGAGAAGCAGCUGUACGUCGCUCACAAAAGCGUGCCCCGUUUCGCUGCCGAAGAAGAGGAGCUUAUGAUGGCCCUGAUGGAGAAGUUGGCCCUAGAGGUGCCAGAGGGCCACCCGGAAAUGUUGGAAUUUUUGGGGAAAGAGGCCAAACUGGUUUUAGGUGAAAUUGGGCUCCAAGGCCCGAGAGGAGAAACUGGAGAAAGUGGAGCCAGAGGGAGUGCAGGUGCGCCUGCAAAAGACGGCAAAGAUGGGGAUGUGGGCCCUAAGGGCAUAGUCGGAGAUCAGGGGCGUAGCGGAAGUCCCGGUUAUCCUGGAGAAAGAGGCCAGAAAGGCGUUGGUGGAAGCACUGGGCGUGUGGGCGCCAAAGGUGUUACUGGUGAUGAAGGAGAACAAGGACCAGUAGGCGUUGUUGGACUCAAAGGAGUGCGUGGAAGUCCUGGAAAGUCACUACAGGGCCCGGUUGGGGCCAGGGGAGGAAAGGGAGAGCGUGGGAGUGCUGGAAAAAGUGGCGAUGAGGGCGCUAGAGGCGAAUCUGGAGAGGAUGGCGCUCAAGGGCCUAGUGGUCGUCCUGCAGGCGUUCCUCCAAAAGGAGAGCAUGGCCAGAAAGGAGAUAGAGGUGAAGCCGGAAAAAGUGGUGAUGUAGGCGAGUCUGGCCAAAAAGGUAGCGAUGGCCUCGUUGGCGGAGUAGGCGGCGUUGGAAAGACUGGUCGAGGUGGCGUUCGGGGCCCUAGUGGCCCUCAAGGCCCUAGGGGCGAUGUUGGAGCUCCCGGAAAAACGCCUCCACCUUCAGAAGUUGGUGAAAAAGGCCUCAGAGGCUUUCCCGGGCCCAAAGGUGUUGUCGGAAGUCAGGGAGAGAAUGGUGAUAUAGGCGUAGCUGGAGGCGUUGGGCGUAGAGGAGAUGUUGGAGACCGCGGCGAUCGCGGAGAAGGUCCAUUGGGCUACAAAGGUAGCAUUGGAAAAGGAGGUGAAGUUGGAGAGAAAGGUUUAAGAGGUGAAGAGUCCAGGGCGGCGUUGGUCAAUCUGGAAGCAGAGGAGAAGCUGGAAAAAGUGGCGGAGCAGGUCCCAAAGGCAGCAAAGGAGGGCGCGGCGAUGCUGGAGACGGUGGAGACGUCGGAGAAGCUGGAAUUAGUGGUCGGAUGGGCCCUAGAGGACGUGGAGGCGUCAGAGGUAGCGUUGGAGAAGUUGGAAAAAAUGGGCGUCCUGGAAAAAAAGGCAGCGUUGGCGAAGGAGAAUCUGGAGCAACUGGAAAAAAAGGUGACAGAGGCGAUGAUGGAGACGUUGGAAGUAGAGGAGAAGAUGGGCCUUCAAGUAUUGAACCAGGCCUACCUGGACCAGACGGGAGCGAUGGAGAUGACGCUCAAGAUGGCCCACAGGGCGAAAAAGGAGAUUAUGGAGAUACUGGGGCCAGAGGAAGAAAAGGUGAAGCUGGAGACAUAG